AUGGAAAAUGACUCACAAUGGCUCUUUCCCCUCGACGCUCUUCGCAGCACGCCCAGCGUCUCCACCUCCAACAUACCCUUGGCCAAAGAGCUUUAUGACCGAGCGAGAGGUGUAGAGUUCCUCUUUCGCCUGGGUACUUCUCUUGGAUUACCAUCCUCAGCCAACUUCACUGCGGCGACAUGGUUCCACCGUUUCUACAUGCGUUACUCCCUGGAGGACUACCAUCGCCAGGACGUUGCCGCAUCCUGCAUUUUCCUCGCUACCAAAACAGAAGAAUGUGGAAGAAAGCUGCGUGAUGUUGCUAGAGUGUGCCAGUCGAAGAUCAAGAACAUUGAAGUUUCGCAUAUAGCCAGCGACAGCCCAGAGGUAGAACAACAGCAGACCGCUAUCCUUCUUACAGAGGAAGUACUGCUGGAGGCACUCUGUUUUGAUUUUGUUACAUCCAGCCCCCAUGCAGAACUUGUCGAUCUUUUCAGUGCUCAUCAAGCGGACACUACUGUUCAAGACUAUGCUUGGAGUAUAGCUCACGACUCGUACCGAACGCCACUCUGUGUUCUAUUUCCCACUCGCAUCAUCGCAGGUGCCUGUUAUGUCUUAGCACAACGAAUGUCUGAUGGGCCACAUUCGGCAUCGCUGGACGCUCGCAUAUCAGUUUCUUCACCAUCCGACUCCCUUCCUACCCCUCCAUCGCACAAACCUGCUUCUCCAGAUGCUACACGCUUUGUCAUCGAGUAUUUCAGCUUCUCAGAAAGCGACAUUGGGCUCUCUAACCCGUCAUCAGAUGCCCUCCAGAUCCUGCUAGAUUUCUAUUCUGCACAAGAUUUAGAGAGUAGCUCGGGUCACGUUGGCCCAUUAGCGGCUAUACCUCCGCCUUCUAGACCGCAUUAUACUACGCUGUACCAACCCUGGCCUGAAGUUGGACGAUCCGCUCUUGCGCCUCAGUCGAACGGUGAAGGUGAGCGCGCCUGUUGUUCCAGAACGAGCUCAGCCCAAGUGGAACCAAGAUGGCCUGCCCGGAUCUUAGCUCCAUGA